AUGGGUGAACCUUCAUUUCUGGUGCCUAGACCUUGCACCAACAAGGUUUUGAAGAAUUUCAUGGAUAAGAAGGUCUUUGGAAGAUUAGAAUUUUCUACAGGGAGCGAUGAAGCUACUAUCGAAGAAGUGGUAGAUGAUAAAAUCAAAGUUUACCUCCGGAUAAAACCUUGUAAUAUAAUGUCCAUCACUGAUGAAAUUAACAAUAAGAAUUACGAGAUUCUUGGAAAAUUUCUACAAACAAAAAUUUUCCUCAACAGAGAGGAAUUAAUUUAUAAAUAUAGAUUCACUGAUAUCUUCCUUCCCACUACGACCCAGAGUAUGGUACAUACGCAGUUUGAUGUUUUAGGCACACCUUUACAACCUGGUCUUAUUCCGAGAUGCCUUUAUACAGUUUUUGCAAGUAUUUGUGGUAAAGAAGACUUUUCCGGUCGGUGCUACCCUGAAACUGGUUCCAGGGUCAUAGUUCUAGAUGAAAAGCAAGUUAAUGCCAACAAGUUGUACAAAAAAGAAAUACUGAAAUUUGCAUCUAAACAAGUGGUGAAAAACAAAAAACUUCUAGAUCAAACAAUUAGUACUACUGACCAUACUGCAAUGGAAACAAAUUUUGAACGGUUAAAAAAGGUCAGCAUUCAAUCAAACAAUAACCUUGUUUAUUCCAUCUGGAUAGGGUUCAUUGAAAUUUACAAUGAAAAUCUUUACGAUCUAUUGGUUGACGCUCAUGAGCAGCGGCCAUUGUUGUUAGUUGAGGACAAAGACAAAAACAUCUAUGUAAAAGAUCUAAAAUAUAUCAAUGUUGAUUCUUGGGCAGAAGCUUACGAGUUGUAUAGGUACGGUAAACACAACCUGCACAUUUCUCACACAGAAUUGAAUAAGAAAUCUAGCAGGUCGCACUGUCUCUUCAUGCUAAAAUUAGUUGUAAGAGAGCGCAACGAUUUACUGAACUUUAACUGGAGUUCAAGUCUGACGAUCUGUGAUUUGGCUGGAAGUGAAAGGCAGAAAAAAGCAAAAACAGGUGGGACUGAAAGGCUCAAAGAGGCACAGAGCAUCAAUUCUUCGCUUUUAGUACUCAACAGAUGUAUUGAAGCUUUAAGAAAAAACCAAGAAAUAAAGACAGCAAUGAGGGUUCCAUUCAGGGAGUCAAAAUUGACACGACUCUUUGAGAGAGUGUUGGCCGGUGAAGGAAAUGUCACCAUAAUUGCAAACAUGUCUCAAGAGGAGACGAUGUUUUUCGAAACGCAAGAAAUAUUAAAAAUGACGGCCAACGCUGUCGAAAAGAAUAUUAAAAAACAGGAGGCGUCGGAUAAAAAGAAAGUGGCUUCCAUUGUCGACCCGCAGGUCAUGAAGCAGGUGUCCACUCAACAAAGAAUCUAUACUUGUAAGAAAUGCCAUGAAAAAUUCGUAUUCACGGAUGUUUGUAAAAUAUGUAAAGGGGUGGAUAUAUUGGAACUUAAAGAUGAAUUAAUGGAAAUGAAAAAUGCCCUAGAACAUGAGAAAGAGAUGAAAUUAAAAGCUGAAAGUGCAGCUAUAAAUGAACAAAAUGUAACCAAUGUGUAUCAAGAUUACUAUGAAGUGCUGCAACGACAAUACAAGGAGAGCAAAAAUACAAUGAGCAAGAAACUGCAAGAGACACGACUUCAAUUCGUUCAUUUACAGACAUCUCACCAGAAAGCAAUCGCUGAAAUGUGCGAAGGAUUUCAACUAGAAGAAACUAAUUUGAAAGAUAUGGUCGAAAUGGCUUGUCAAAAGUUUAUCGAUUUGGAAGUUGAAAUAGCAUCUGUGAAAAAUGAGAUCGAUUCGCUUAACGAAGGUUCAAAAGGGGACAAAAUAGAAAAAUGCUUGGAAGGGGAUGAAAUUGAGGAUCUUUUGUCUGAUGAUGAAUUGGCCGAACCUUUAAGUUUAAAUAAGACUUAA